CAGUAGCGGCGCUGUGCGCAGGCCGGGAACACGAGGCCGAGAGCCGAAGCUCAAGCCGCUUCGGUGCAGUGUACCUCGGCAUCAGCCCACUUGCAGCCCUAGGAUUAGCUCGAAGACACGUCCUUAUCACUGCCGCCGCCCAGUCGCCCUCACCUGGAUUACCUAUCGAGGCAGCUACAACGGAGCUAGGGAGAGGGCGACGAGGGAACAGCAUACCGAGAGAAGCCAGUUUUUUCAGGAAUCCUGUUGGCUGGAGGACGCGCGGGAAAGCGGCAUCCCCAACAGAACCAGGUUCAGGGCCGGCGAGUGGAGAAAGCGACGCCCCAGGGGAUGGCAGCCGUGGUUAGGAGCGCCUUUGGCUGGGCGCUACUGCUGCUGGUGGCACUUUGGCAGCAGCGCGCGGCGGGCGCAGGCGUCUUCCAGCUGCAGCUGCAGGAGUUCGCCAACGAGCGCGGCUUAUUGGCCAGUGGGCGGCCGUGUGAGCCCGGUUGCCGGACUUUCUUCCGCGUCUGCCUUAAGCAUUACCAAGCUGUCGUCUCUCCCGGGCCCUGCACCUUCGGCAGCGUCUCCACGCCGGUAUUGGGCACCAACUCCUUCGCGGUCAAGGAUGACAGUAGCGGCGGGGGCCGAAAUCCUCUCCAACUGCCCUUCAAUUUCACCUGGCCGGGUACCUUCUCACUCAUCAUAGAAGCUUGGCACACGCCAGGAGACGACCUGCGACCAGAGGCCUUGCCACCAGAUGCACUCAUCAGCAAUAUUGCCAUCCAUGGUUCCCUAGCUGUGGGUCAGAACUGGUUACCAUAUGAGCAAAACAGCACCCUGACAAGGCUGCGCUACUCUUACCGGGUCAUCUGCAGUGACAACUACUAUGGAGAAAACUGCUCUCGCCUAUGCAAGAAGCGUGAUGACCACUUCGGCCACUAUGUGUGCCAGCCAGAUGGCAGCCUAUCCUGCUUGCCCGGUUGGACUGGGGAGUACUGUGAUCAGCCUAUCUGUCUAUCUGGCUGCCAUGAACAGAACGGCUACUGCAGCAAGCCAGCUGAGUGCCUCUGUCGCCCAGGUUGGCAGGGUCGUCUGUGCAAUGAAUGUAUCCCCCACAAUGGCUGUCACCACGGCACCUGCAGCAUCCCCUGGCAGUGUACCUGUGACGAAGGUUGGGGAGGACUGUUCUGUGACCAAGAUCUCAACUAUUGUACCCACCAUUCCCCGUGCAAGAACGGUGCAACAUGCUCCAACAGUGGCCAGAGGAGUUACACCUGCACAUGUCGCCCAGGUUACACUGGUGUGGACUGUGAGCUGGAACUCAAGGAAUGUGACAGCAAUCCUUGUCGCAAUGGAGGCAGCUGUAAGGACCAGGAAAAUGGCUACCACUGUCUGUGUCAUCCUGGCUACUAUGGGCUACACUGUGAACAUAGCACCUUGACCUGUGCUGACUCCCCCUGCUUCAAUGGAGGCUCCUGCCGUGAGCGUAAUCAAGGGGCCAGCUAUGCCUGUGAAUGUCCCCCCAAUUUCACUGGCUCCAACUGUGAGAAGAAAGUAGAUAGAUGCACCAGUAAUCCAUGUGCCAAUGGGGGCCAGUGCCUAAGCAGAGGUCCAAGCCGCAUGUGCCGCUGCCGUCCUGGAUUUACAGGCACCCACUGUGAAAUUCACAUCAGUGACUGUGCCCGCAGUCCUUGUGCCCAUGGUGGCACUUGCCAUGACCUGGAGAAUGGGUUCAUGUGCACCUGCCCUGCUGGCUUCUCUGGCAGGCGCUGUGAGGUGCGGAUACCCAGUGAUGCCUGUGCCUCAGGGCCCUGCUUCAAUGGGGCCACCUGCUACACUGGCCUCUCCCUGGACAACUUUGUCUGCAAUUGCCCUUAUGGCUUUGUGGGCAGCCGCUGCGAGUUCCCUGUGGGGUUGCCACCCAGCUUCCCGUGGGUGGCUGUCUCCCUGGGUGUGGGGCUGGUGGUGGUGCUGGUGUUGCUGGGCAUGGUAGCAGUGGCUGUGCGACAACUGCGGCUUCGGCGACCGGAUGAUGGCAGCAGGGAGGCCAUGAACAACUUGUCGGACUUUCAGAAGGACAACCUGAUCCCUGCCGCCCAGCUCAAGAACACAAAUCAGAAGAAGGAAUUAGAGGUGGAUUGUGGCAUGGACAAGUCCAACUGUGGCAAACAGCAGAACCACACAUUGGACUAUAAUCUGGCCCCAGGGCCCCUGGGGCGGGGAACCUUACCUGGAAAGUAUCCCCACAGUGACAAGAGCUUAGGAGAGAAAGUACCACUGCGGUUACACAGUGAAAAGCCAGAGUGUCGAAUAUCAGCGAUAUGCUCCCCCAGGGACUCCAUGUACCAGUCUGUGUGUUUGAUAUCAGAAGAGAGGAACGAAUGUGUCAUUGCCACGGAGGUAUAAGGCAUAAGCCUACCCAGAAUACCCCAGCUUUGGCCCAGCAGCUGGACCUUCCUUCUGCAUUGUUUACAUUGCAUCCUGGAUGGGACGUCUUUAAUAUGCACCGUGCUGCUCUCAGGAGGAGGAGGGGAUGGCAUGAACUGGACAGAUUGUGAACUUGCCAAGAGAUGCACCGCCCCUGCAUACCUUGAGUAUCUGUCUGGCAUCAGAUUAGCAGCUGUGCCAGCCAGGGGAACAGAGGAGAGGAGAGGUGCCACUUGGGCCUGGUCUUUCAGCAGUGGCCUUCAGAGGGCUCCUUCUGGGGCUCUGGCCUGUUUUCUAGAGAGUGGCAGUGGCCCCAUGGGGCUCGGAGCUGCUGUGGCAUCCAUUGGCAUCUGUGUUUCCCAAGUGCCUUUGGCCCAGGCUCCAAAGUGAUAACUGGGCCCAAAUCAGAAAGGAGAAAGGGGGCCAGUAAGGGCAGGUCUUCCUUUGGGCAGGAAAGCCACUGGGUACAGCUCUUGUCAGGGGUUGCCCUGCAGGUGAAGGAACACAAGAAGAAAGAGGAGCACUUUCUGCCCCAUGCCUCUAAGCACUGCAUGUGGGCCUUGCCUGGAAAUGCCACCCAGCCUCUUGCUGGCCUAGGCCCACUGGGCAAGAGCAUUGAUAAAUCUUACCCAGAUUCUACCACCUUCUGGCCCUGGGACAGAUGAGAUGAGGGCCUGACCCUUCUGCCAGCCAGGGGUGCCACUGGUGAGCUCAGGGCAGUUAUGUUGGAAAUGCCAACAAGGGAGAAAUCAGGUGCUGCUGUCACCUGAGCUUCUUCCUGCCUCAAACCCAUUCCUACAACCGUGAGCCUGGGCUCCGCCCAUGCCCAUUACUGCUCCCAGACCACCCCCGAAGUCCAUCUUCAGAAAUCAAUAAUAUGAGUUUUAUUUUUUUUUGUAGUUUAUUUUGGAAUCUAGUAUUUCGAUAAUUUAAGAAUCAGAAGCACUGGCCUUUCUACAUUUUAUAACAUUAUUUUGUAUAUAAUGUGUAUUUAUAAUAUGGAACAGAUGUGUAUAGGAAUUUAUUA